CUGGUGUACAGACCAACAAAAGGGUGAUUUUUCAGUUGCUGUUGAUCCGAGGAUGCAGUCAGAGUAACUGUGGAGAUCUGUGGAUUUUCUUUUGACUGAACUCUAUAAUCUUUAUUGGAUUUGUCAUCUAACAGAGGAUUGUUUUCUGUAACAAACGCUUGUCAUGAUGGGGCUCAGACUGAGCUGCUUCGUUUUCUUUCUGAUGUGGAAAGCUGUGAAUGGGGACGCGAGCUUUUCUUUCCAAGAGGAAAUGAAGCGCGGAUCCGUUAUUGGGAAUAUAGCGAAGGGCCUUAACAUGGACGCGAGUAAACUGUCUGCUCGGAAUGCCCGCGUUGAUGCUGCAGGGAACCGCAAACGUUAUUGUGACAUCAAUCUCAGCACCGGAGAUUUAAUUGUGGCCGACAGGAUCGACCGGGAGGAGCUUUGUGGAGAAAAGAUGUCGUGUGUGAUAAAACGCGAUUUUGUUCUGGAGAAUCCUCUGGAACUGCAUCCGUUCAGUCUUCAUAUUCAAGAUAUUAAUGAUAACUCCCCACAAUUUAAAGAAGACUUGAUUAACAUAGAAAUUAGAGAGUCGGCAGUCAGGGGAGCUCGUUUUGUGAUGGAGGAGGCGCACGAUGCAGAUGUAGGACAGAACUCAGUUCAGCAGUACAGCCUUAAAAAGAAUGAUAAUUUCAUUUUGGCUGUUGAUGGAAACACGAUAGAGCUUGUUCUAGAAAAGGAGCUUGAUCGUGAAAAACAACAAGAGAUUAAUUUGCUCCUCACAGCUCUAGAUGGAGGCUCUCCUCAGAGAUCAGGUACUGUAGUCAUACACGUCACUGUGCUGGAUGCUAAUGAUAACGCCCCAGUGUUCAGCCAGGCCGUUUAUAAAGCCAGUCUGCCUGAAAACUCUCCUGUAGAUACUGUAGUGGUCACAGUGAGCGCUACUGACGCAGACCAGGGAGUCAAUGGAGAUGUAACAUACGAAUUUGGACAUGUUACUGAUGAUGUGAAGAGAGUUUUUAGUAUUGAUCGUAAAAGUGGCAAAAUCAAAGUUAAUGGUCCGAUUGACUUUGAAACUGUUGCAACAUAUGAUUUACGCAUUAAAGCAAAGGAUGGAUUAGGAUUAUCAUCAUACACAAAGGUAACCGUUGAUGUCACAGAUGUCAAUGACAACAUACCUGUAAUCUAUGUGAAAUCUCUGGCAAAUCCAGUACCUGAGAACGUGUCACCUGGUACAGAGGUGGGCAUCAUUAACGUGCAGGAUGCAGAUUCUAAUAAUAACCAACAGGUCCGCUGCUCCAUUCAGCAAAACGUCCCUUUUAAGUUGGUUCCCUCUAUUAAAAACUAUUAUUCUCUGGUGACCACAGGACAGCUGGACCGUGAACUAGUGUCUGAUUACAACAUUACAAUCAGUGCCACUGACGAGGGCUCUCCACCUCUGUCCUCCUCUAAAAGUGUUCAGUUAUCUGUAGCAGACAUCAACGACAACCCACCUGUGUUUGAGGAACAGUCCUACAGCGCAUAUGUGAGUGAAAAUAACAAACCUGGCUCCACUUUAUGUUCCGUUACUGCUCGGGACCCCGACUGGAGACAAAACGGUACAGUGAUUUAUUCUCUGUUAGCUGGUGAGGUGAACGGUGCCCCGGUGUCCUCCUAUCUAUCUGUUAACGGAGACACGGGGGUGAUCCACGCUGUGAGGUCGUUUGAUUAUGAACAGUUCAGGAGUUUUAAAGUCCACGUGAUGGCCAGAGACAACGGUUCUCCUCCGCUCAGCAGCAACGUGACCGUCAGUGUCUUCAUAUCGGAUGUGAAUGACAACUCUCCUCAGAUACUGUACCCCGCCCCGGAGGGCAACUCCUUCAUGACCGAGCUGGUCCCCAAAGCUGCACACGGAGGCUCUAUGGUGUCCAAAGUGAUAGCGGUGGACGCGGACUCCGGACAGAACGCCUGGCUGUCCUAUCAUAUAGUCAAAUCCACUGAUCCGGGACUUUUCACUAUCGGUCUCCACAGCGGAGAGAUCAGGACACAGCGGGACAUUUCUGAGUCUGACAGCAUGAAACAGAACCUUAUUGUGGCAGUGAAAGAUAACGGACAGCCCUCUCUCUCUGCCACCUGUUCCAUGUAUUUACUGAUUUCUGAUAACUUGGCUGAGGUGCCAGAACUGAAGGAUAUUUCUUAUGAUGAGAAGAACUCCAAACUGACCUCUUAUCUGAUCAUCGCGCUAGUGUCUGUGUCCACCUUUUUUCUGACCUUCAUCAUCAUCAUCCUGGGUGUGAGGUUUUGUCGCAGGAGAAAGCCCAGACUGUUGUUUGAUGGAGCAGUUGCCAUCCCCAGCGCUUAUCUCCCUCCUAAUUACGCAGAUGUUGACGGAACAGGAACUUUACGCAGCGCUUACAACUAUGACGCCUACCUGACAACAGGUUCUAGAACCAGUGACUUUAAGUUCGUCAGUUCUUACAAUGACAACACACUGCCUGCUGACCAGACUCUGAGGAAGAGUCCAUCAGACUUUGCUGAGGCGUUUGGGGAUUGUGAUAGUUCUCCUGAGGUAGGCACAUGUAACAUAUAAUCUGUCCCAGAUGUGUAAAACAUCUUCAGGCACCAACACAAGCACACACACAGCUAACUUGUCUCUGCUUUUUCAUGUGAUUGCUCUCUCUCUCUGUCACACCGUUUUCAACCAGGGGGAUAUAUUUGGCUGGUUUCUCUGUCCUUGGUGCUGAAGAGUGAUUUUCUGAUGCAAUUUGGGCCCCUUGACAUCUAUUCUGUUGUCACUUUUUUGACUUGCUGACUUUUAUUUCUUUAGAUGGUCUCUAUGUAUAUUUUUUGAUAAUAUAGGUUAUGAUAAUAAUAAUAAUAAUAGGUUUUCUUUAUUUACAUAUUGUCAAUU